AUGGUAGCACACAACCAGGUGGCAGCCGACAAUGCAAUCUCCACGGCAGCAGAGCCCCGACGGCGGCCCGAGCCUUCCUCCUCCUCCGCGCCCGCAGCCCUGGUGCGCCCGCGGCCCUGCCCCGCGGCCCCGGCUCCGGCCCCGGGCGACACACACUUCCGCACGUUCCGCUCCCACGCCGAGUACCGGCGCAUCACGCACACCAGCGCGCUCCUGGACGCCUGCGGCUUCUACUGGGGGCCCCUGAGCGUGCACGGGGCGCACGAGCGGCUCCGCGCCGAGCCCGUCGGCACCUUCCUGGUGCGGGACAGUCGCCAGCGGAACUGCUUCUUCGCCCUCAGCGUGAAGAUGUCCUCGGGCCCCACGAGCAUCCGCGUGCACUUUCAGGCCGGCCGCUUCCACCUGGACGGCAGCCGCGAGAGCUUCGACUGCCUCUUCGAGCUGCUGGAGCACUACGUGGCGGCGCCGCGCCGCAUGCUGGGGGCCCCGCUGCGCCAGCUCCGUGUGCGGCCGCUGCAGGAGCUGUGUCGCCAGCGCAUCGUGGCCACCGUGGGCCGCGAGAACCUGGGGCGCAUCCCCCUCAACCCUGUCCUCCGAGACUACUUGAGCUCUUUCCCCUUCCAGAUCUGA